AUGAACUGGCGCGAAAGUCGGAUAAAACAAGUUUUCCUAGCACCGAUUGGACUGCUUCUAUCACUAGGUGGGGGUGGAGGUGGUGGAGCGCGCACGGCUGUGCUAGAUCAUGGUUCUUUCGUGGUGUGGCUGCUUCCUACGAGCUGCAUACGGACGUGGCGUGUCGGUUUCAUGAACGUGCCCGUAAGCAAAGUUGGUAGGAGUGCAGGUGUUGGAAGCGGAGGCGCAGAUAAUCAUGCGAUUAUCUGCAAUAUGCGAUCAGAGCCUAACGCUGCACCUUUCAAAAAGAACGUCUUUCAUUCACGAUCGGCAAUGCUGAGUCAGCCUCAGCAAUGUAUCCGCGAAGCGGAGUUCAUAUGGCCUAUUCUGAUCGGCCAUGUUAAGCAACUACUUAUUCCACUAAGACGGGAGUCUAUUGGAGAAAAUUAUACACAGUCGCUUACGUUUCUCGGCCCCUAUGUCCUCGGACGAGAUCUCGACCUCUCCGUAGUACAAGGCAAAGAGCUAGAAGGCCAUUCUGACUCCUGA